AAAAUGGAAAUGCCUGGCUGUUAUUCAUCUACAGGUUUGCCUCUUCGUCCGUGAACUGGCCGCGACCGGCGAUGCCUUUGGACGAUGGUAUGUGUAUCACCAUGCGUGUGGCAUGGCUGACCAUAGACCGGCUCAGAAGUGGCCGAGACAUUCGCCUCUCGACCGCGACCAUGAGAGCACUCAACUCUCGACGCCCACGGUCAACCGCGAGCAUCCACCGGCUCGUGCCUCGCUCGACUCUCCUCUCGGCUUUCCUCCUUCUGUUUUGCGUCCUUCACGCACGAGGGCGGAGUGUGCCUCACGAUGACGGUGGCAUCGCUGUAGAUCAAGUGCACGGCAAAAUUUCGGAACCGGUAGAGGUGAGUGACUUUGAUCCCGAUACCACGGACAAAGCGACUGAGGAUGUGGACCAGGCGCGAGGAAGCUUGGUGGAAGAGAAAAACGACAGAGAGGAGGGUGUUGAGGGUGGCGAGGGAAGGAAAACGGAGGAGGUACUCGUCGAGGAUCCCCAGGAGAAUAUCCAGACCGAGGAUGAUGAAGGUAACGUGGCGAAGAAGAGGCGGCGGAACGACGUGAGCCCUCCCGGUAAGUCUGUGUUGCAGGACGGCGAGAGUGUCGCGCAAAAUGUUGAGGAAAAUGUGCAGAAGGACGAAGGUAUUCGACGAUUCGACGCUCAGGUCGAGUCCGACGAAGAAAUAGACCAACGGAAGAUAGCGGAUAGUGUAGCGGAAAACAGCUCGGACUCGCAAGAAGACGCUAUCGAGAUCGAUGUCGAGCAUGCGGAUGUAAAAAACGUAGAUGUGAAUCCAAGUGACGACGAGGAUAAGGCGGAGCCGGAAGAAGGAGAGUCGGAGACUUCCUCUAAUCUUCAAGAAAAUUUGAAAGAUAUUACGAGUUUGAAAGAGGCGGAAAAAAUAGAUUUAAAUAAGGAAGAAACAGGACAGAUUGAAAAUUUAGCGGGACACAAUUUGGAUGAGACACGAAUAGAAAAUACUGAGGGUAUGAAUGAGGACAUACACAAUGAGCUUCGCAGUUUGCGACUUUCUCCAACGGAUGAAACUGAAAGAGAUCAAGAGGAAUACGUCGACGAUGCUUCGAACAAUGACGAAAUCGGUGACAGAGUUCUAGAUUUGAAUAGAGAAAACAGACACUUAGCCAAUAUGCCAGGUAAAUCCAAAUACAAGAGUUCGACUGUCUAUCUGAAUGCUGAAGAAGGCAAUUUGCCUGGUCGUGAGCAAGAAUCGAUCGUAGAAGGUCAAAUACAAAAAUUAAUAUCUAUACGGAACGACGCUCUUGAGUCUGUCGAGAAUGACGCCAGGAAAUCAGAAAAACUUGACAAAGAGAGUCUUCUUUCGGAAAAAUCGCUUGAAGUCGACGUGGUUGCUGCUGAGAAAGACGAAGAAAUUCGCAAUCAACGCAGCAGUAACUCGAAAGAUACUUCGACUGAGAAUCUCGAUGAAUUAUCUUCAACGACGGAAGCAAGUCCUAAUCGUUUUCAAAAAUGGAAGAAUCAAGCCUUGUUUCUUCAGGAUCAAAUCAGGAAUAGAACGUUUCUUCAGUAUUUAAGGGAACAAGCUAUCGAAGUACUUCCUGACAUUCCGAAAUUCACGGAAAAUCAAUUACUGGAUACUCUGAAGAAUAUUGCGCUGACGCGAGAGUCACCUGCGAAUGAAACGUAUUCGGCCAGCUUGAACUCCACCGAAUUGACUAAAGAUCAAUUGGAAAUAAUAAAAUGCGCCGAGCAACUGGUGCAAACGAAGCAGCGGCAAUCAUUUACGGAGAAUAUGGCAGAGUGCAUCCGUGGUCUCAGUAUUUGGAAUUGCAUGCGUAUCUUCGUCUGGCCCAUUGUACUCGACAAUCUUCCGGAUGCAGUCAAACAGUCUCUGAACAAUCUGCCGAUCGAGAUAAACUUGAUAGACUUGUUUCAGGGUAACAGGGGCAAGUCCGCCAGGUCGGAGAGCAGCGUUCAUCAGCCGAGGCUGCUGACGCCCGAGUUCGUUAUCUUCAACAUUCUGAAGGGCGCUUUGGAGUCGAAGGUCACUUACGAUCUGGCGCCGACUUUCAUCGAUCCGAAUAACGAAACUCUGAAAGCGCUGCUUACCGUCGGUCAAUUCCAGAUUCUACAGAUGGCCGAGAAACUUCUACCCGGUGAGCUACGUCGCGAAUAUUCCGACAGAAUGUUCUCCUGUGUACGCAGGUUCGAGUACUUCAGCUGCGUCAAGUACUUCGCCUGGCCGAUGUUGAAGCAAUAUUAUCCGACGCUGCCGGCUUUCCCGGAUUAUCAGACUUGGUAUCCACCGAUAACGUUGUAUCCGCAAUAUCCUAUCGUUCCCUUUCCCAAUUUUGUGGGUACUGCGGGCGAACUUCCGGAAGUCAUUGAAGCCGACGCCACGAGAAUGCGCAAGCCCAAGCCGGAAGCGGUGAUAGUGAAUAUCCUUCAGAAUACCCUGAAAGAGCAAGCAAAAGUACCAUCUCUAUCUGUCGCUUACAGCCCAGAUUCUUAUGUCGCUGUACUGCCUCCGGAACAGUUACUAUCGAUUCACAUGGCUGAACAAUUAGUUCCUGUUUCGUAUCGUCCAGAAUUUGUUGAGAAAACCGUUAAAUGUAUUCAGGAAUUUAAUUAUGUAACCUGUAUUAAAUACUCCACCUGGCCGACGGUCAAGCAAUUUAAUCCUACUCUAAGUUUACCAGAUCUUUCCAGUUGGCUGCCAAACUUCCAGUUACCCGACUUCUUCAGCUAUCUGCCGAACUUUCAAUUCCCAGAUCUUUCCUCGUUUUUCCCUCCAAUAUUCGGAGGAGGUAUUACUACCGAGAAACCACCGACUACCGAAAAACCAUCGGAAUCUAGUACUUCCACGCCAGAAGAAUCGACGAGUCGGAUUUCUACAUUAUUAUCUCGGCAAGGUGAAGUUUCUUCCAAAACAUCUAGCGAAUUGGAGAACAAGAUCGCGGAUAUUUUAACAGAGGUACAUAAUUCCCUGAGAGGGAUACCAAAAAAUUCGCAUUUAAUUGUCAGCGAAAAUGUGAUUGUUUUGACGACCAUCACUGAAAAACAAUUGAAUAUACUGCGACUUGCGGAGAGUUUGAUACCUCCUCCGGCUCGAGCUCCUUUCGUUGCCCAAGUUAUGUCUUGCCUUCAGGCGAACAACAACUUUCUUAAUUGCACCAGGUACGUGAUUUGGCCCACAGUCGCUCUUUACGUUCCUAAUUUCCCAGAAUUUCCCGAUUUAUCUUCCACUCAACAACCACCGAGACAAGAAGAUCCAACAUCAUUGAAAGAUAAGAAUGCUUUGCAUCAAGCUACCAAGAACCAGCAGGAGUGGGACAAAUCGCAAACAGAUUCCAACGUGAAGAUUAUUUCCAGAACAAAAUUUCCGCAGAGUGACAGUCCUGUGAUCAGCGUUACUGGUACUCGAUUCGUACCGAUAUUCACUGAACAUCCCGAAUCGGUGAUACUCAACAUUCUCAAAUCGAUUCAACUCUCCUCGCCAAAUGUACGAGAUGAUCAAGGCCCCAAGAUCACUAGCACGCAGCAAUUUGGCGAUCUACUUAACGAUCAGCAGUUGAACAUACUUAGGACAACAGAGGGCUUACUACCUGAUGCGAGUCGUCCUGCUUUCGUCAAUCAAAUGAUAGAGUGCAUUCGCAAGAGCAAUUUUCUGGGAUGUUCGAGGAGCGUGCUGUGGCCGAGUUUACUGGAAUAUUUCCCUAGACUACCCAGCUUUCCAAAUUUCGGAGGACAUCCUCAAGCGACAAACAGUAAGUCCACUUUACCUCAAAAUCUGACUGAUCCAUCGCCAUUUUCCGAGACUGACGUUAAAGUCGGUCAGCACGGAGACGCCACCAUUACUAUCACAGAUACCAGAUUCUAUCCCAUCUUUUCAGAAGCACUUCCGGAAGAUGUAAUUUUAAGAAUUCUCAAGACCGUGCAGCAAUCUACACCGUCUAUACCGAGUGUCUCGAUGGUCUCAAAAUUCCCGCAAGUGUCGACUUACUUCACGGAACAGCAAGUUAAUAUCGUCCAAGUCGCGGAAAAUCUCUUGCCAGAAUCUGCAAGAUCAGUCUUCGUGGAGAGAAUGGUCACUUGCGUUCAAGAGAACGCGUUUCUCGAAUGUAUGAGGAACAUAGCUUGGCCAACUAUCGCCCAAUUCUUCCCGAGAUUGCCAAACUUUCCCAACUUUGCACGUUGGGACGUUCAGGCUCUAGCGCGAACGAAGCAGAAUAAUCAGACGUCUGAUGAAAAUACAACGAGAACCGUCGUGGAAACGAUCGAAGAUAAAAUCGAAAGUGCCUUGGAAGAUCUGCUGAAUAAGAACUCAUCGCCACGUUUGGAGAAUUCCUACCUGAAUGUUAAUAAUCCUAUAAUAGGCAGACUUCUUACUGCUCGGGAAAUGAAUAUCGUUAGAUUAACGGAGAGAGCGAUACCGGAUUCGAUACGUCAGGAGUAUGUGACCAACAUGUUAGAAUGUGUGAGGAGCUAUAACUUCGUUACUUGCACUCAACACGUCAGUUGGCCGACCUUGAGGCAAUUUUUGCCAAAUGUCCCGAACUUUGAAGAGCUGCUCGGCCAACUUCCAAUUUCCGGCGGAGGUCAGAUUCCGGGUAUUCCGGAUAUUGGCCAGCUUCCUGGUAUCGGUCAGAUUCCCGGUAUCGGUCAAAUUCCCGGUAUCGGUCAAAUUCCCGGUAUCGGUCAGAUUCCCGGUAUAGGCCAGAUUCCUGGUAUCUCAGGCCAGAUCCCAAGUAUUCCCGGUACUUUUGCCGAGAGUCCCAGCCUACCACAGUUUCCUCUCCCGCAAAUCACUACAUUGCUGGGCGGAAUACAAACUAACAUUCCUCAGUUUCCAGGAUUGUCUAACUUUGGUGAUUUAAAUUAUCCGCAAUUUGCAAUUAUAUCGGAUGCAGAACCGCAGAACUUGAAGCAGCAAGAAUCAAAACAGCAAGAGCAAACAACCCAGUCAAAAGUAGCGCAUAUCGAACAGGCGAACCAGAUAAGUGGACAAUCGAGGGCUACGAAUACUCCGUCAGUAGACGAGCAAGGAAUCGUCCCCGGAUAUCUUGGACAACCGUCGAACAUCCUCAUAGAUAUCUCCAAGGAGAGAGUCCAGUUGUCUGAUCUUGAACAGCGGCGAAGUUCAUUGCCAGAGUCCGUUUUCUCGGGCGCAUCGUCGAAGAAAUAUGAAAGAAAACGAAGAAGUACCAAUCAGUUAUUAAAUUCUUAUUACGGGACUGACGAAGAAACGAAACGAACUUCGGAGACGACAAUGGACAGCACGUUCCCGAACAUCACGGAAUCCGACUUUCUUCAGCUUCUAGUUAACAUUUCCAAAUCUAGGAAAAUUUUAGAAAACAAUCCCGAGGAAGAUCCGAAGAUAUAUUUCGUGGAUACCUUAAAUUCUACAAUCAGAAAUUCUUUAACCGCCGAUCAAUAUGAGAUUUUGAAGCUCGUGGAGGAUCUGGACGAGCGUACUGCCAAUCGCGGUUUUCUGAACCAGGUAGUUCAAUGUAUAGUUAGUUUGAGCUUCAUCAGAUGCAUGGGCAUUUUUAUCUGGCCAGUAAUCACCAGCACUGUGCCGUCUUUGAUCGGCUUGCCGUCCUUGCCCUCGAUUCCUGGUCUCGGUUUCCUUGGCAGAUCGACAGAAACCGAAGUACAAAAUUUCUUCGGCAUGUCUACGAGCGAUUUUGAAAAGGAACUACUGACAAGAAAGGAAUCCAUGGAAAAUGUUUUCUUAGACUGGUACAAGACAGCGAUGGAGGACAAGUUUCAGGUAGAUCUAGGUUUCCUAAAGUUAAAGGGUUAUGGCAAUGGUGAAGUGGGUAUCAGCAUUGGCAGAUUCCGCGAAGGUAGAGCUACGAAGAUUAAAGACAACAAGAAUUUGCCGAGCAUUCUAACGAUCAUCAGCGAUAUCAUGGAGGAGGUACUGGAUCAGCGACCGGACAACGAGAGGAUCAAAAAGGAGAAGGAGAAAAAAGAGAGAAGUCUAGAUGAGGCGCAAGAAACGGACUUUCAAUUUCUGAACGAUGAGUACGCAGAUAUUAAGCGAGCUAUAAAUGACGAUCAGAUAAUCACCAUGUUUCUAGAUAAAAUUAAGGCCAACGCGACGGAUUUUGCUGACGGUGAUGUCGCCCAGUUUCUCAACGUAGAGAACGCUUACAAUGCUUUCGGCCUUCUAUUCGGACCCCGUUUGAACGAAAAGUUUGCGAGUAGAUUAAAGGCCUUUACCGAGGAACAUCUAAAGAAAGAGAAUCCCGAAGACCACGUGAAAAAGCUCAGCGCGGAGGAAUUGAAAGUAAUACCCUUGAAGGGAGAGAUGAGCUACGAGCUUGAAAAAAAGUCUGUGGAAAGUGACGAGGAUCGCAAAAGGGAGCAUCGUGCGAAGAGCGACAACGAUUUCAGACAUUUGCUGAACCAGUAUUCAGACAGCAAAUUAGCAAAAGAGUCGGAAAUUCCAGAAAAACUCGAGGAUCCGGAUAAUGAAAAUAGGAUCAAGGACACAGAGUCUUUCUCCACCAAGAACACGUGCUCGGAACUGAGACUUCAGUUGCCACAAUUGCGGGAGGACGUUAUGUCCAGGAAAGUCACGAGCGCGGUGAUACAUCUUGGACGAGCGUUGAAGACGAAGAUGACCACUCUGAUGCCUGGUAUCGGUUUCGUAAUAAGUUUCAUCAUUCAAAUGGCCUUGGCUCAUGCGAGAGCGGCCGCCACCAUGGCUGGCAUGAUCAGCAAUAUGGCCCUCGCGUCAGCCAUGUUCGGUAUGCUGCGACAGAAUCUGUUCGGGUCAGACAAUCCGAAGAUCAAAUAUGUGUACGACAAUGAUAAAACGGGCCCGGGGAUUACUUGGCCGCAUCAUCAUAGAUCAUAUUAUCAUCAUGGAAAAUAGCAUUUCGAUUCGCUUGAUUAAACUUCGACUUAUCGUUCCCUUUGAUAUAUUGUAUUAAAAUCAUAUGCUAAAUGCGUUAAGAGCUUAAGCACAUCUUUUUAUACGUGUCUGCCGUUAUAGACUUUUCUCUAACAUAAGUCUGAAACAAAUUGGAUUAAAUAUUGGAUUAGCUUUAAUUUUUUUUUUUUUUUAAUUAAUAUCGUCGUGGUCGCUUUCAGUAAAAUAGUUUUGAGAUAGUCAUAUAAUUCUUUAGGCCAUACAUUUCUUUACGUAAAAAAAAUUUAUUAUUUCUUAAAAGGAAACCAGUCUAUAAGUUAAAUAAUAGUUUUUAUGGAUGCGUUCGCAUUGCCUUUCAUGAUAUAUUUCAUCAUAUGUUUUACUUAGACUUUAGCAACAUGGGCUUCAUGAAAAUAGAAUAUAUUUUCAAAAGUUAGAAUAGAAUAAUAUUUAGAAUUUGAAGAAACGGUAUUUUCGUAGAUGAUUAUGGAAACAAUUCCUCGCAAUUUAAUCAUGAAGCACGCGCCAUUUCGCAGGAAAUAUUUAUUUCAUUGUCAUGGGAUUUUAUGGUGGUGGGUAACACCUUUUUAUAUUUUUAUAUUUUUCUUCUUAAAGAUUACAUAGGCGUAAAAACAAGUACGGCAUUAAAAGUUAUACCUUCUACGACCGUAUCGCGGGAAAGGUAUUGAAUUGCUAGCGUUAGAUCUUAAGACUGACAGGCUCUUUAAAAUAUGUCAUAUGUAUUAAAAAUAAAUAAAGUAUGUCUACCGUAA